UAAAACAACUUUAGUACUAUGUCUAUGUCAAAGACGACAAAUACAUAUAAUCGGCAGAAUUGGGAGGACGCCGAAUUCCCAAUCCUCUGCCAGACCUGCCUGGGUGAUAAUCCAUACGUACGCAUGAUCAAGGAACGCUUCGGCAAGGAAUGCAAAAUCUGCACCCGGCCUUUUACCAUAUUCCGUUGGUGCCCAGGUGCGCGAAUGCGCUUUAAGAAGACUGAAGUAUGUCAAACGUGUGCCCGGUUGAAGAACGUGUGCCAGACGUGUCUGCUGGAUUUGGAGUAUGGUUUGCCCAUCCAGGUGCGCGACGCAGCACUGAAAGUGGCAGACACUAUGCCACAGAGUGAUGUCAAUAAGGAGUUCUACAUACAGAACAUUGAUGCCCAGCUCCAGGAUGGAGAUGGUACUGAAGCAGCUGGUACCGUAGGACGCUCAUUGGCUGCAAACGAAAUGCUAUCGAAACUGGCACGUACAGCGCCUUAUUAUAAAAGGAAUAGGCCUCACAUCUGCUCUUUCUGGGUGAAGGGCGAAUGCAAACGUGGCGAGGAGUGUCCCUAUCGGCAUGACAAGCCCAACGAGCCGGACGAUCCACUAUGCGAGCAGAACAUUAAAGACCGAUACUACGGACGCAACGAUCCCGUUGCCGAGAAGAUAAUGAAGCGUGCCGCUUCAUUACCCACGCUGGAGCCGCCGGAAGAUCGUAAUAUAACAACACUUUACGUUGGCAAUUUACCUGAAGAAAUCACUGAGCCGGAAAUACGUGAUCAAUUCUAUCAGUAUGGAGAGAUACGUUCCAUUGCGCUUGUGCCGCGCCAGCAGUGCUCUUUUGUCCAAUACACCAAACGCAGUGCCGCCGAGUUAGCUGCCGAGCGCACCUUCAACAAACUGGUAAUUCAGGGUCGCAAGGUUAGCAUAAAGUGGGCCCAUUCUCAAGCCAAGCAGAGCACCGCCGCCAAGACAGAUCGCCGUUUCGAUGUUGCAGGCAUACCACCUCCGAGUGCUAAGCCAAACGACUACUUCAAUCUACGCCAGGAACAAAUAAAUGUCAUGCCGGCAGGUAUGAAGCUUCAUCAGCUGCCUUCCAAUCUAGUGCCGGCCUCUGCAUAUCAGAUGUACGCCCAACCUAAUUUUGCAGCGCCCUACAGUGGACUCCCAAGCAGCGGUAAUAGUGGAGCUGCUUCGGCCCCAAAUAGCACAACCACAAGUACCUCUGGUGUGAAUCUCGAUUCGAUUCCACCACCGCCUGGACAAAUGCCGUAUCCCAGCCAGGAUGCUAGUCGCAUGGGCGCCAUAAAGAAAUAAUAUUCAUUUUAUAUCAAUAUAUCAUGUAGCUAAUGCUACCUCAAUAAAACAAAUAAAAGGACGUCUUAAA